GUAGCUCAUAGUGUGGUUGGCCUAAUAUAAGAUCAAAUAUCAAUGGGAGGAGACUUCAUUGAGCUUUUUUUGUAUUACUCAAACGCAAUCAAUAGUUAAUAGCAACCCUUCUUCGUAUUGUCACAAAGGGAAGUAACGUUCGAUAUGCCACCUGUUGAUCGAAUUCCCAACCAAUUUCUGACUGUAAUGGAUGGAAUGAAGGAGAUUUUUUUUUCAUAAUUGGGACUACUAAUAGAUUGACAUAAUUGACCUGGUCAUCUUGAUCAAUUAGUUUAUGUCCCUGUGCCAGAUGAACAAUUACACUUCCAAAUUUUCAAGGCUUGCCUUCGAAAAUCUUUGCUUUUCAAAGACAUUCAUCUAAGAGAUCUUGUCGAAUAUACUCCAAGAUUUAGCGAUGGUGAUAUUACAGAGAUAUGGCAACGGGCUUGCAAAUAUGCAAUCAGAGAAAAUAUUGAGAAAGUAUGACUCUUUCCUACUAUAAUUUAAUUUUUCGAACGUAUCUAUGAAUAUCUUAGAUUUUUACGUGCCUUCGGACUUGAAGUUUGUUUGGGAAGUGUUGAUUUAAAUUAUAAAUAAAUAUCAUGUCUGUUAAUCAUCAUCCUCUAUGGACUUUUUGUGAAUUUACGUCAAUUUAUUGGAUAUAAUAUUCCCUUGUACUUUUUCUUAAUUUUUAUGCUAGAUCUAAGUUCCAAUUCCAGUAGUUUGUUCUAUGGACGUAAGCUUAUUCCUCUGACACAUCCUCCGACACAUUUAAUCGAAAAUGUAGAAAAUCUAAUUAAGACUCCAAUUUCUUACUAGUUGCACAUAGCUGUUUGUUAUAAAUGAAAUCUUAACUGAAAGAUAAUGUUCAUCUUCUUCCAAAUUAUAGCACUUUAUUUACGUCAAUACAUAUAAUGUUGCACCAAAACAUUUGUCUUAUAUAUUUGUUCAACAAUCAACACACCAACACACGCUUAUAUUUAAUAUUCACCAACUAAUGUGCAACGCACGUUUCCUCACUAGUAAAAUAAAAAGUAUAGGUUGUCAUAUCCAAAUAUGACUACAUCCAUCCAUCGAAUUAAUUAGAGCCUGCCAUUGAUUUUGAAGGGUAGAAGUUGACCUGGUUAAUUUAGUCCAUGUUUACUGUGUAAUAAAAAUAUAAGUCAAUAUUAAUAAUUAAUUUUAAUUAGAUGUUUCAUAAGAUUCAUAACGUAUAUUAAUUUUUUGAUCACAUAUUUCAUUAUUUUUAUGAAAAUUUAAAAAUCUAAUUUUUAGUUAUACCAAAUAUUUUUUUUUUCUAUUAACCCUGCUACAAAUAUUGGAAAAACUGCCAAACUACAGUAUAUAGAGGGACAAAUGACACAUAUUCAUUGAAUCUCGAACAAAAAUUAGUUUUAUCCCAACUAAUAUAUGAAUGCUACCUAUCUCACUAACUCCCAUGUACAAGGAGUUUUACUCUUUUUCCAUUUCCAGCCUAUCGUAGACCAUAUGGUGCCUAAACAGGACAUUAAAAGACAUUUUAGCUAACAUUUUUGGGAAACAUCACUUGAACAACCUGCUGGACAUCGAGGGGGUUGUGUGGCAGCCCUCUAUUGGAGGUGCGCCUGCAGAUUGCUCAACAAGCAGCCCCCAACAUGUUUCUUGAGUUUAUAUAACAUUUUACAAAACUAUUCAACCAAAACAACUUGCUCUUUGCCAUAUUCAAACAGGUUGAAUUUGGUGUGAGAUGACUAGACCAUAUCUAGAAAUUUUGUCCCUACCACAGUCUAAUGGUUGAAUUUGGUGUGAGAUGACUAGACCAUAUCUAGAAAUUUUGUCCCUACCACAGUCUAAUGAUUGUACAGUUAUUUAAGCACAGUCAAAUCAAAACUCUUCAUUUUUCCCUUUCUCUACACAGUAUUGGCAUGUGGUCUAAUAAUGUACGAACUUUUCGUCCAUUCUCCACCCCAUACUCCUGCAAAACCCCACCUUUUUACACAGAGACUCGCUCUACUCAGUCUCUAUGACAUAGAGACUGAUUUUGCUUUAGAAUUUAGACCCACAACUACUUUCUUUAUUAGCAUUCUGGCUAUGGUAAUCUUUUCCUAGCUGCUAUUUAUUAGUGCAUCACAUUAAAUCCAUGCAACUGUAAACAAGUAUUGAGAAAUAAAUGAUGCAUUUAUAUAAUAUGCAGGCAUUUACACUAUGUAGUAGUAUAUGUAUGUGUAGUAGCACUGACAAAUUUGAGCCAUAAUUAUUCCAAGAGUCAGUAGCCCAGUAAUUAUUUCAUCGUGUAACUUUUCGUUUUCCCAUUUUCAUACCCAACGGAUUUCCACUUUCUGCAUCUCCUUAUUCUAUCUAUAUAGGCAGGCUGUAUGCUUCUCUUUUCUGGGAAGUUUUUGGAUUCCUUCACAAAUUCUACUGAGACUGUAUUCUGUAAAUUGCUUGUGUAUAUAUAUUUUUUACAACUAUAUUCAUUGGUGGACGGUGGUGGGAAAGUUUAGAGAAAUGAAAGGUUCAGGAAGCGGUGAUUCAUGGCCACUGCCACCGCCGCGGCCAAAGUCACCCCCGGAGUACCCGGAUUUGUACGGGAAGCGGCGGGGGUUGGUCAAUGUUCAGACGAUGGAAAGAGAGAUUGGUUUUCUCGAGGAAGAAUUAAAGUCUGUUGAAAGCCUCCAACCGGCUUCUCGAGCCUGUAAAGAGGUUGUCGAUUUUGUUUCGGGAAAUGCAGAUCCUCUUAUACCUGUCAGAACUAGGAAGACUCGCAGAUCUUGUAGUUUAUCUUGUGGCUUCUGGAAAUGGCUCUGUGAAUCAUCAUGUUCCAACCUUUCAUGGAUUUGCUGUUGUGGAUGCUAUCCUCAUCUUGAGGUGCCACACUGUUCUGACUGCAAUUUAUGUACUUGCAAGCCAUGCUCGAACUGUUCGAGACUGCCCAAAUGCCACUUUUGCUCAUGUUCAGAUAUCCAAUGCUUUAACGAGUGCAUAUGUAGCCAGAUUUGCAAGUUCCUUUCCUGCUCCUUUUCUUGCAGAAAAUGCACAUGUUGUUGUCGUAAAUGUUCAGACGUAAAUAUAUGUAACUGUUGUACCAAAAUCCGCUGCUGCUGCUGCUGCUCUUGCUCUUAGUACAUUCUGAAGUAAAUUUAAAUGUAAUGCCAGUUCUUUAUAAUUGGCAGUUUAUAUAAUCAAUAUUGCUUAGAAAUUAGCUUGCAUUCUAUAAAUUUCUCUGCUUGUCUGGACUUAUUUUCUUGAAAAUUAAUCAUUCUA